AUGGCGCGACAACGACGCCCCUCGACGGCAUCGACCAACACCCCCGACAACUCCCNNCUCCCACCAGAGUCCGAGCUCGGAUCUAUGUACGACUAUCUCGCCAAGAUCAUCCUCCUGGGUCCUUCAUCAGCCGGCAAGUCCUGCCUACUCCACCGCUUCGUCAACUCGUCCUGGCGCAUUCUCUCCUCUCAAACCAUCGGCGUAGAGUUCGCUACCAAAAUCGUAAAAGUUGGUGACGGCAAUCGUAGAAAGAGGAUAAAGCUGCAACUCUGGGAUACCGCCGGCACCGAACGCUUCAGGAGCGUGAGCAGAAGUUACUAUCGCGGUGCUGCUGGCGCAAUCUUGGUUUACGACAUCACGAGCAGAGACAGUUUCACACAGCUGGGGACCUUCUUGAACGAUGCCCGUGCUUUGGCGAGUCCGCAGUUGACCCUUCUGUUGGCUGGUAACAAAUCCGACCUUGCGGACCCCGUCGACAGCGAUGCAGAGAGCGAGGAUGAAAUGGAUGACGGCGGUGCCCUCUCACCGCCAUUUGGCCAGACGCCCUCGAGCUACGAUUCACGUAGGUUCGACAGCAUCGCAUCAAGGGGCACUAUACCACGAGGCGGUAAUGGUACACGCGCUACUUUUGCGCCCGAUGGUCGCCAAGUCUCUGCACUCCAAGCAACACAAUGGGCAACUUCACAGACCAUUCCUCUCGCUGUUGAGGUCUCAGCUUUUAAUGGUGACGGUGUGGAUGAGCUAUUCAAUCGUCUCGCACGUAUGAUUCUGGCAAAGAUCGAGCUCGGAGAGAUUGAUCCUGACGAUCCGCUCUCCGGUAUUCAAUACGGCGACAGCUUAUCAUGGGCAAUUGACGAUGGUGGAAGCAGUAUAAAGAGUGGCAUGGAUGGCCCGAGAAGACGAAGAAGGAGAGCUGGUACAGGGCAGUGGGCUUCAGGUUUGCGCGAGUGGGAAGAAGUCUUCAGACUUGACGGCCCGAGGCGGAAAGGCUGCUGUUAG